UUUUUAUUAUUAUUAUUUUAUUUCAUUAUUUUAUUUCAAAAAAAAAUAAAUAAAUAAAAUAUUCAUAUACACAUUUAUAUAUUACAUGGUUUUAUCAUUUUCACAAGAAUUAGAACCUUACUUGGCUCGACUUGGAACAACGCCAGAAGAUAAGCCUUCUUUUAUAAAAGAAGUCUAUGCAGUCAAUGACAUUGAAACAUUACGACAAAUAAUUAUACGAAAAGAAAGAGAAAGACAGAGUAUAGCAAAUGAUCUCGAGGUGGCUGCACGUAUUGGUUUACUUGACCAUUUAGAACGGGAAAAUAGAAUAUAUCAAGAAGAAUUAAUAAAACUACAACAUCAAAAAAAUAAUUUUAAUAAAGAAUUUAUAAAUAAAAACGAAGACGAAUGCAUACAUCUUACUCAAGAAUUAGACCAAGCAAGAAAGGAAUUAACAAAAUUUAGGAAAGAAAUGGACGGCCUAUCAGCUCAAUUAAACGAUAUGGCUUCAGAAAUGAUAGAUUCUCGUUCAAAAGUCAGUAUUUAUGCAAAACGAUUAGCUGAAGUAGAACAAAAAUUAGCUGCAACAAGAGAAAUGAAUGCUAAUUUACAAUCCCUACUUGACAAAGCAUUAACUUCUCAAAAGCAAUCUAGCUCAAACACAACACACUUAGUAAAAAACAUUCAAAUGGAUUUAUCAAGGGUCGUUGCAGAGAAUGAACAACUAAGGGCACGUAUUGCCGAAUUAGAGAAUCAGCAAGCAGAAUGUGAGGAAAAAUUAGCAGCCAUGGUGAUUCAGGCAAAAGAAUAUGCAACACGAUUAGAACAAGCUCAAGAUACCAUUCAUAGCCUAAGUGAGCCAAAACUAUUAAAUGAUGACGAUGAUCUGUCCAUUCUAAAUUAUAGCGGCUUUCAUUCCUUUUCUGCAUCGUCUCCAGAUGGAUUUAGAGAAACAGAAAUUACAAAAGGUCCUGUGUUUUCUGCAGAAUUUAGACAAGAAAUGCAAAAAGAGAUAGAACGUAACUUAAACCUAAGGAAUGAAAUACGACAUCGGAUUAUUACAGCUGAUUCAGAUAAAAAGAGUAAAAAAUCACAAGAAGGAUUAAAAUAUUUAGUAUCUGAAAGAGAAAGCGGUGGAUUAGCUGCUAGUUUAUCUACAAGUACAAGCUCAUCCACUACUACUUCAUCUACCAUUCUAUCCACUGUUAUGAAAAAGGAUAUCUUGAAUCAUCAUCCUCCACAUGAAGAGCAACAAGACCAAGAACAAUCGACAGCAAAAUCAAUACCACCUACUCCUCAAAUCUUAAGGCCGGCAAGCUUCUUAACUGGGUUCGGAGGAGGAUUUGGAUCUGAGACAGGAUUAGGUGUGGUGGGUACAAAUUUUAUUACGAGAGGUAUUCCACCACGAGUCUUUGUUACUAGUCAUACCACUAGGGGAGAUGUUCCUAGUAUAUCAACACGAUUCUUUCAAAGACUAACUUCUCGGAUAGAUGAUAGUGAGAAAAAGUCAAAUUCAUCAGCAUAAUUCUAGUAUCUUGGCAAAAAAAAAAAAAAAAAAAA